AGGGAGUCAGUGCUGCCAAAAGCCACAACGUUACAGUUUUUACACCAACUUUCUACAGAUUUACCCCUCAAACCACUCGUUUCUUUGUCCGCCGGAUAGUGAAACCUGAACGGAGCUWGGCUUCAGUUAUAAACAGACUGCAGAAUGAGUAAAAAUAAAGUGUUGAACUUGAAGGAUAAAGUCAGCGGGAAUGAAGCGGACCUGAGUUUGUGUAACCUCAGUGAGGUGCCAGUCAAGGAGUUGGCUUCAUUCCCCAAAGCCACUGUGUUGGACUUGUCUUGUAACAACAUUGUCUCCCUUCCUCCAGAGUUUUGCAGCCUGACUCACUUAGUGAAGCUGGACUUGAGUAAAAACCAGCUGACCUGUUUGCCAGAUGACCUUGGGAACCUGGUCAGUCUUCAACAUCUGGACCUUUACAACAACAAGCUGGUGGUUCUGCCUGUGAGCUUCUCUCAGCUCAGGAAUCUAAAGUGGCUCGAUCUGAAAGAUAACCCUCUGGAGCCCGGCUUGGCCAAAGCUGCAGGAGACUGUCUGGAUGAGAAGCAGUGCAAACAGUGUGCCUCGAAGGUUCUGCAGCACAUGAGAGCGAUUCAGGAAGACGUCGAUCGGGCUCGAGAGAAGCGCCUUUUAAGAGAAAAGGAGUUGGAGAAGAAGAAGGAAGCGAAACAGAGGGAGCGGGAGGCCAGAGAGAGGGAGGCUCGUAAACGGGAGAAGGCGGAGGAGAAGGAGARGAGGAGGAAAGAGUACAACGCUCAGAUGGCAGCUGUGGCUGCGCAGGAGCAACAGAAGAAGAAGAAUGAGGAAAGGAAGAAGAAGAACGGACAAGCUGCAGGAAAUAAAAAGGUCAUCGCGGAACCGUCCCCUAAACCGAGACGCUCCCUCAUWGGCCUGCUGUUGAAGCUCCUCCUCCUGUUCACGCUGGGAUUGGCYGGCGUCGCCGCYGCCUGCCGGCUGACCGACCUGCAGAAGGAGGACGUGUGUGCGCCGAUCAACGCCGCCGUUAACGACGGCUUAUCCUGGGCCAAAGUGCAGGGGGGCGUGGCYAGGCAGCUGCUGCAGAAUCUGUCGUCUGCAGCCAAGGAACUUCUCGAGUCAACACAAACAUCUAAGAACUGAACAAAACUCUGAUUUGCAGGACUUUUAAGGUGAAAAGUCUGGGACUUUCCUGUCGACAUGCAGAAAUAUUGAAACAGUGUACAGGGAGAGAUGUUAUUCCUAUGGAAUCGUUGUCACGCUUAUAUUUGUACUUCAGCCUAAUUUAAAAGAAAUCAGGUCUUUGACGUCUCCCUGUUGACAGUUUUACACUUUGACCAGCAAACGUCCAGCUGUUUUACAUCAGCAUCAGCAGGUUGUGUUAAAUAUUCUGUGAAGUGUUGCAGAAAGCGGUAUGAGUGAUGUCCUUCACCAUCCUCCAACAAGUACAGUUAAUAAGUCAGGUAUGGAUAAGUGAGUUGGUUUUACCAAGYGGUAAAUAAACUAACGGGCACGUAUUUUGCCAAAUUAAUUUAGAAAGUGUUUUUUUUUUCUUUUUGUUUACGAACAACAAACCUUAUUUUCCUGCUCAAAGUUCUGUAACGAUCAUGGCUUUGAGUGUUAAUGGUAUUUUUAUUGUGAAUUUUUGUAUUUUCACUGAUUAAAAUUUAAGAGGCCUGAAAAAAAAAGCUAAAACAAGAAAGAGAUCCAUUUUAACUAGUUUUAAAUUUUAAUGGUUUAUUUUUCAAUCAGACUUUACAUACUUGCAAUUUGUAAAAUGUCUGAUUUUUCAGAUUGCUCAAACUAAACUUCAGGUAAGGCUAACUGGAGGGGGGCAGUGGGUUGUGUAUUUUUCCUUUUAUGUUAAAUUUAUCUACAGAUUCAUUAAAAUUUUGGAAAGAU